GCCAACGAUCGGACUCAAAUCUCCUGUCAAGAGACAGAAUGCCGAGAAUGACUGAUGAAGCGAUUGAACGAAGAUGAUCCAACACACCAUCACAAUCUACUUCGACAUCAUCUGUGCCUGGUCAUACAUCGGCCACCGUACCCUCUUCCAAGCCAUUGCUCUCUUCCAGAAGACAUAUCCGGGCGCCAGACAUGACGAGUUCCACCUCGCCUUCCGCCCUUACUAUCGCGACCGCAGCCUACCCGCCGUCCCAGUCCCCCUCGAGCAACGCCUGGAUUCGUUUCUAGGCCCUGACGCCGCUGGCGACAUUAAGACGCGAGUGGUGCGCAUCGGCCGCAAUCACGGGAUCAACUUCACCUUUGACAGCAAAAUUGGGAGCACACGGUCUGCCCACCGUCUAAUCUACGCCGUGGGUCUUUCCAAAGGCUCCGAAGCGCAGCGAGCGCUGAUCGAGAUGCUUUAUUUCCGGUGGUGCGAAGUUGGCGCUGACAUCACCUCCUACUCCUUCUUGGCGGAAUGUGCUGAGGCUGCUGCUGGAUUUUCUGCAUCGGAUGCGUUGGCUGCGUUGGAGGAAGGGAGGUAUGGGGAGGAAGUUGAUCGGCUCGAUGCCCGAGGUAGAGAGGAUGGAGUGUCAUGUGUGCCUACUUUCGACAUCAAUGGUGUCCGUGUCGAAGGAGCGGAGGAUACGGCUACGUUUUAUGAACUAUUCGUCAAGCACAAAGAAGAGGAUGGCGAGAAGGAGAGCUGAAUGAUCAUUUGCAUUACGUUAGAGUCGUUAUGUAGACAGGCCUGCCUUUGAGCGGCCAGUUCGUCCC